AAAAAAAAAAAAGAGAGAAGAAGAAGAGGCAGUCCGUUCCUGAAGUGCUGUAGCUAGACAGUUAACCAGAAGAACCAUAGCUUUGCAGGAUUGACAUGUAAACUAAAUCCCUAGCUAACGUCACCUAGUUCAUUGACACAAAUGAAGUCAGGGUGAGAUCUACAAAAUGGGGAAAAGAGAUAACAGAGUGGCUUAUGUGAACCCAAUAGCUGCUGCCCGAGCACGGGGACCGGCACCAUCUUCAGGGCCCACAAUACAGGACUACUUGAGUAGACCUAGGCCCACAUGGGAAGAAGUGAAGGAGCAACUGGAGAAGAAGAAGAAGGGUUCAAGAGCACUGGCAGAAUUUGAAGAAAAAAUGAAUGAGAAAUGGAAAAAGGAGUUGGAGAAAAACAGAGAGAGAUUACUAGGUGGAAGUGAAAGUAAAAAGGAUAAAGAAAAGGAAAAAGAAAAGAAAGAGAAAAAACGGAAAGAGAAGAAGAAGUCCAGCAGGCAUUCCUCGUCUUCCUCCUCUUCAUCAAGUUCUGAUUCUUCUAGCAGCUCCUCUGAUUCUGAUAAUGAGGAUGAAAAGAAGAGCAUUAAAAAGAAGCGGAAAAGGAAGCAUUCUUCUGUCCGGAAAGCAUCCGAGGGCUCCCUCUCAGAAUCCGAGUCAGAUAAUAAGGAGUCUUCCAAAAAGAAAAAGAAGAAACUCAGGGAGGACCAGGAGAAAGAGAAGGAUUGCAGCCGGAAGAAGAAAAAGACUGAGCGUGCCCACAAAGGCUCUUCUGAGUCCAGUGGUGACUCAGAAAUGGACGGAGAUGUGGAGUCAAAGAAGAAGAAGAGACACUGUGAAGAGAAGGAGAAAAAUACAGCCAUCACAGUGAAAAUAAUGGCACGUAAUUUGAGGGAAAAGUCAAAGAAGAAGAGAAAGAAGAAACACAAGAAGCAUGGCAGGAAGAAGAAGAAGGCCUCAGGCCCUGGGUCCGAGCUGGAGAAACGCCCGACGGCACAAAUGGCGGAGACAGGAGGGCAAGCUGUUUAGGGAGGACAUUAAACAAUACUACCAAAAAACUACAGCAUCGUCAACGUGUGCAUGACGGAAGACUUCCUGGCGAGUGAGAAGCUUGCCCCCCCAGGGUCUUAUCAUAGGGAUAUUCACGUUACACUUAUUUUGAACUUUGCUAUUUUUUAGAGGAACAUUUUCAGUCCAAAUAAAGGUUGUGUUAUGAUUGUCUAGAGUGGCUUGUCUGAAUGAUCUGGUGUCGAUUUGAAAAGCAGCAUCGCUCUUUUCUCCAUACAAAAGACCUACAGUAAAUACUGCAGCAGGGAACAGGUUUUUCUCGUCAAGGGGACACCUUUUCUCAUCAAAAAUUGUUAGUGAUUGCCUUCACUCCAACUCGUCUUUCACAGCUGUUAUGUCUACAAUUUAUUUACCAUUUUUUCAGUUGUAAUUUUAGAGUAAAAUAAUUUUGUGAUUUACUUAUGCUUGUCUGUAUUUUACAUGUACCUCCAUUGGGACUGUUACCAGCCUCAUAUUGAAGUUGGGAUUACAAAACUUGAUUAGUUUUAGUUGGCAGGGACAUGUUUGGUCCUUUUAGAUUGAAAAAUAAAAUGUGCAUACUAUGGUGAAUAAUUACAUUUGCAAGUUUGUCAUUCAAUAAAAUGUUAUUGAAGCACG